AUGGCGAAGCGCAAGAGUCUCAAAGAUAAUGAUAACGAUGUCUCCAUGAGAGAUGACGACGACAGCGGAAGCGACUCGGAUGUCGAACUCGUCAAUGUCGAAUUCGAAUGGUUCGACCCCCAACCAGCGGUCGAUUUCCACGGUCUCAAGACAUUGUUGCGACAACUCCUCGACACUGAUGCGCAAUCAUUCAACUUGUCGGCGCUAGCGGAUCUCAUCCUUUCACAACCUUUGCUCGGCUCGACGGUCAAGGUGGAUGGGAACGAGACGGAUCCAUAUGCGUUUCUGUCUGUGUUGAAUAUUAGCGAACACAAGGACAAACAAGUCAUUAAAGACUUGACCAAAUAUAUUGCUCAGAAAUCCACAUCAAACCCCUCUUUGGCCCCCCUGGCGCAAUUACUCGCCGACCCCGAAAACCCACCAUCCAUCGGCCUCAUCCUGACAGAACGCCUAAUCAACAUCCCCGCUGAGGUCGUGCCGCCAAUGUACACGAUGCUCCAGGAAGAAAUCACUUGGGCCCUCGAAGAGAAAGAACCCUACAACUUUUCCCAUUAUAUCAUCCUAUCCAAAACCUACGAAGAAGUGGAAUCAAAACUGGAUGUGCAAGAAUCACGACCACAGAAAAAGAAGAAGAAGACCCCCGGGAAUAGUAGCGAGAAGUUUUAUUUCCAUCCUGAGGAUGAAGUACUUGAGAGGCAUACGUUGUGCCAUGGCACGUUUGAGUAUACGCAUAAACAAGCAGAGGGUGCGUCGGAUUCGAAGAGAGCGUUCCAAGAUUUUGGAAUUAAGCCCGCGGGGAGUCUCAUGUUGAUCGAAGAAAAGAAAUUUGGGGAUGCGGUUAAGGCGAUUACGGAUUAUUUGAAGCCGCCGGUAUGA